UCCGCGUGGAGGGGUUUGUAAUUGUCUGCACGAACACUGUCUACUUUACUUAGCAUUUUUAUGUAUGCCUGUCAAACCAUGGAAGGGUACCGAAUAGACACAUUUGAUUACCAAUACAGGUAAACGUUAAAAAAUCAAUACAGGUGUCUGAACACGUUUUGUCAUCCGGUGAUCGAACUUCUGGGGACUGGAACACGAUCAGUGAUCGAUAACGUCAUUUUAUUCAACUAGGUUGAAGUGGAAUUCCGUGCUCUAGAUGCGGUUUGUUUAUUCUGAUAUUCAGUUCCCCUCUGCGUGGAUAUACAGCUGUUGACGAACUGGGGAGAAAAUGAGAUUCGUAAACAUGAGGACCAUUUACAAAACGGAGAUCUAGCAGAAUAAUAUAGUAGCCAAAUCCAUGAUAAUUGAAUAACCUGAAUUCAGAAAUCCAAGAUGUCGAUAAUGGGAUCUUCUGUCCUCCAUUAUGAGGAUGAACUAAAGCGGCGCUUGGAAAAGCUAUCUCGGAUUUAUGACUUUUCAACAAUGAAGAUUUUUAUGACUGUGGAAUCUUUAGGGGAGGAUAGAGUUUGUGCCACCUACGAUCCCACCAGAAGGGACUGCUGGGAGUCUUUUCUAAACAGGAAAGAAGCUUGUCGCCUAGAUCUGAGCAAGCACGAAAAAAUUCGACUGAAAUAUCAGGAUUUUCUACACAGUGUAACACGUGAGGAACAGGGGAAAAAGUUCCACACCUCAAUGAUGUCUCUGUUCUACAGAAACGGUGCAGCGGAUGCUUUCGGUCAAGUAAAAGAAAUGGGAAGUGAUUCUCUUUCAGGAUUUUGCAAUCAUCUUAGUCGUCUGUUCGAGAAAAAGAUCUGUACUUGGUUCGAUGGAUUCGAAGCUGCAGCAGUGAAACUAACUGGUCACGUGAAGGUUUCUAAUUUUGUGCGCGUGCUCAGUGGCCAAGUGGAUGCUCUGUGUCAGCGAGAUGGAUGUAUGUGCGCCGUCGCAGUCAAAGUGACAGGAAUGGAUACUCUCAGACCCCUAGAUCUUGCAGAACUUGCUUUCUGUAAAACCCUUAUAGUGCAGAAUGGUCUAGCAGACCCCCAUUCACUGAAAAUGUGUGUGUUGUGUUUACAUUUAACUAGUGAGAAACCCAUUCUGCGGUUGUGGGAGUACACGCCCACGGAAGAAAUGGAUCAUUCAAUAGCAGAAGCAGACAUAGACAGCAUGAUAGAUUCUGGAAGACUGAGUCAGUAUCACGAGUUCUGGAGGAAGAAUGUUCACCUGCCACCAGCAGGCUACGUCAGCGACAAGUCGACCCAAUCCAUGUAUGGAUCUUCCAGAAGAUGAUGCUAUUCCAUGGAUCGUCCAUGUUAAGACUGUCGUAAUGUCAGCAUGAAACUUUGAUUUGAAAACACAAACGAGAAGAAUCAAUAUUACUAUUAAUAGAACACUUGAAUAGCGAUAUAAGUCACAUCUUAAUUAGAUUGGGUUUGUAAUAUUAUUAAUGACCAUGUCGAACAUGGUUCAGUUUAACUAUGAUCAUAAUGUUAUUUAUUUAUUAAGUUUUAGAUUUCUUUAUCAUUUUAUCAAGGACGACUAUCCUAAUUUCUUUCUUCCACAGAGAAAUUGCUCAUACUUUGUUAUAUGACAGAGUAACCUUUAAUAAGUUAAAUCGACAAAGAAAUCAAAAUGUUUUGGGAUGAAUUUUUGGGAGCGUGUCAAAAGUUAGUAAAAAGUGUUUUCAGUUUAAUAUAGACUUUUCUUUUCAAUAUUCUUGAACUUAUAUUAUAGAUUUCAAUGGAAUUUUAUAGGUUUAAUGAAAACAUAUCCCAAUUUACUUUAAAGUGUAACGGAAAAUGUCCAUGUACCUAGGAUGUUCUCACUGAAAAUAUAUCUAUUAAAACGUUCCAGACGUUACAAUUUAUUACAGGUGUACAACUCAAACAUGCAAUAAAAAUCAUAUCGAAUUUAGAAGUAAGAGUUGAGGGUCUUUCCGAUAUGACCUUAAAACGGAGUAGUAGCAGGCGAUGGACCGUUAAAGAAUCGAACCAUCACUGCUACGGCCCUGAGCAUUAAGCAUAAGUUUAAAUUUGUAGCACUUCACCUACAGGUGGCGACGUCUUAAUAAAAGUGAAAAAUGUUCGAAAGGAAUAAAAAAAAAAUUAAAAAAAAAACGACAAAAAAAAGAACAACAGUAUAAUAGGUUCCAAGUUGUAAACGAUUUAUUUUAACUAACUGCAAAAUAUAAAUGAAGGAAUAUACUUAUUUCUAUCUUUACAUUAUAAACACAAUCCCUCGCUAUGUAAAACCUAAUAAUAUUUUUUGAAGUUGGCAUCCGCAUUUUGAGGUCAUCCUCACUUGGCCACAGAGCUCAGAAUUCGAAUUAGGAACGUCGUCCUUAAGCUUUAUAUUCUGUAUGUGUGUGUUAAUAUUAUCCCCACUUUCCAAAUAUGGCAUUUUUUUUUUUUUUUAAAUUUAAACAAUAUUUUAUCAUUUAAAACAUGAUAAGGUUUAGACAACAGGUUAUAUACGUAUUUUCCUGUAAGAUACAUAUUGAUAUGAGAGAAAUUACAAUGUAUAUAAUAAAUGAAAAUAUUGUUUCAAUAUGUUUGAAGAAAAAUAUCAACAAGAAAAUAAAGACAGUUUAUGGAAUUUGAGUAAAUGCAAAAAUUUGA